AUGGCUCGCCGCCCCGCGCUCGGCCCGCUGCUGCUCCUGCUGCUGCCGCCGCUGGCCCGGGGCCUGGGGCUCCGCGCGGCCGGCCGGCUCCCCGCGUGCGGCCCGUGCCGGCCGGAGCGCUGCCCCGCGCCCGCCAGCUGCCCGGCGCCCGGGAUCGCGGCGCGCGACGAGUGCGGCUGCUGCGCGCGCUGCCUGGGCGCCGAGGGCGCGCGCUGCGGAGGGCGGGCGGGCGCGCGCUGCGGCCCCGGCCUGGUGUGCGCCAGCCGCGCCGCGGGGGCGGCGCCCGAGGGCACCGGGCUCUGCGUGUGCGCGCAGCGCGGCGCCGUCUGCGGCUCCGACGGCCGCUCCUACCCCAGCAUCUGCGCGCUGCGCCUGCGCGCCCGGCACGCGCCCCGCCCGCACCCCGGCCACCUGCACAAGGCGCGCGACGGCCCCUGCGAAUUCGCUCCUGUGGUCAUCAUUCCACCCCGGAGUGUUCACAACGUCACCGGGGCACAGGUGUACCUGUCCUGUGAGGUGAGGGCUGUGCCCACCCCUGUCAUCACGUGGAGGAAGGUCACACAGUCUCCUGAGGGUACCCGGGUGCUGGAGGACCUGCCUGGGGACCAUGUCAAUAUAGCUGUGCAGGUGCGAGGGGGCCCUUCUGACCACGAGGCCACAGCCUGGAUUUUGAUCAACCCACUGAGAAAGGAAGACGAGGGUGUGUACCUGUGCCAUUCAGCCAACGCAGUUGGGGAGGCCCAGUCCCAGGGCACGGUGACAGUUAUAGAUCUGAGUAAAUACAACGCGCCCCGCCUCCCAGCUCCAGACGACCGCAUGUGAUGGAGUAAUGGUCUUAGAAACAUUGAUGACAGGAUAUUGGAAAAGUCGUCAUGGAUCGUUUUCUUUGUGAAGAUUUGGAGAAACCUGUGUUUGUAGAUGACCCUUUUAUAUGUUUUUACAAACUAGAUGCCAACUAGAUUCGUAUGCAGAUGUAGUUUUUAGCAGGACAGGCAUUGGGAAACCAGACUGCAUGUGGCUUUUUUAUACUUUUGAAAUGAAUUGCUCUGUGAGAAUUCUUUUGUAACUAAUCCCUCCCAGGGAAGGUCACCUGGUGGUAUAUUCGUAAUUCUAAAGGGCUGGGACCAGGCCUGUGUCAUCCAUGAGUCUUUACUUCAUUUGUCCGUGACUGAUUAGCGUGAGUUGUAGGAGGAGGGGGUAGGGUACUGUCCUCUGCCUUUCUCUGACAUGCUGUGUGGCCUGGACAGGCCCUUUCCCUCUCUGGGCCUUUUCUUCUUCACCUGGGAACCUGGUGUUUGGACUAAAUGUUCCUGGGUCCCUUCGAGCCGUGUCAUUCUAGUGAAAUGGUCCUGUGGAAAAAUACAAGAGGCAGAGUCUUAGCAUUCCUUUUAUGUGGCAGUCCCUCAAAAAACAGCUGCAAGGCUGUGGAGCUGGCCUCAGCGCUCCCUUUCCUGCCAUUUCCCGCCUUAAAGAGAUGGAGCCCUGGGUAGGACACGUUCCCUAACUCGGGAGCCCCUUGGCUGGAUGUUUGGGGACCAAGAUGUCCCCUUGUCAACAAGCCCAGCACUUUCUAACCAGGUGGCAGUGGCUUCUGGACAUCAAAUGGAGGAAACAGGGUCAGAUGCUUCUUUCUCUGGGAUUAUAGUGUAACAAAAUAAUUUUACUUGGAGAUGUUUUCACCUUACCUAGGAAUAAGGCGGGCUGGCUUGCUUUCUUACUUUUCCUUUAUUUUCUUUUCCUUUCUUUUCUUUCUUUCUUUUUUUAAUGGGAAGAGUAUUUAAUAUGUGGGUAAAAAAAUAGAUCCCUUAGGUGAUCAAAAUUUUUUUAAGUCAGGACUGGGAUCUCCCUUGUGUCUAGUCCUUCAAGCUCCUGAGCGCUUCUCUGUCUGUGGUCCCUCCAUCUCCAGGACGGCAGGCAGGGCCCCCGCCCCCUCUUUGCAGAUGAAGGAACCAGGCUCAGAGAGGGAGGUACCGACCUAAGGACUGAAGGCCUCAGAGAAGGACCAGAACUCUGGGCACUUGGCCCUCCUGGGCCCCCUCCCCUGCCAUGGUGCUGCUUCUCAUAGCUACAUAAUGGAAGGUUCUGGGGGUUCCAGGGAUUCUUAGCACCGUCCCGCUCAGCUUUUAUAGCACACUCCCAUGCCACUCCCGCUGGGCAUUACAUUCUGGAAUCCUUUUUGGAAUUGGAAUUAAGUUUUUUGUCUUUGAGCCUGGCCAUUCCAUCUCUGAAACACUGGGGUGGCAUCACCCUGAUGUACUACAUGGCAGGAGCAUGGCCUGGGAAUCCAGAAACAUGAGGUCCAUUUGGGAAUUCAUCCCUGGCUUGCUGCCCAACUGCAAGCAAGUCCCCUUCACCUUCUGGACCCGGGUUUCCUCAUUUCAAUAAGAAGGAAAUGACACUAGAUGGGUGGUUUGCAAACUUUAAAACAUCAGAACCCCUUUCUUUGAAUAAGAUCAGAGCUGAAACAGAUUAACUGGAAGCUGUGCGUGUCUGUUGGAGGUCGGGGCUGCAGGGGAACCCGCUCACAUCCCCCCUACUCUGCACCCCCUCCUCUCUCCCCACCCCACCUUGGGGGUUUCUUAUCCAAGGUCUGCAGCUAAGUCUUCUGUGAUUUGAAUAGUGAGAAGAAUUGGUAAGGCACUUAGCGAAACUGUCAGGAGAAGUACGGAUGCUUUGGCCCUGGAGAAGGUACUAGAACAAUCGCACAUCUGCUGAUAAAUGCAUUCAGUGAGAUCGCUUGACUCCCCUCCCAUUUGCCCAGUCACAGUUGGAUAGCUGGGUCUAGAUGCCAAGAGCAGGGGGGCAGACGGAACGCUUGGUUGGCAGAGCUAAACAUCAAAACCGCAGGAGGCUGGGUGAAUGUUGUAAUGAUGUGCAAAAUAAUAGUGAUCAUCUAGCACUCUCUGAAAUUUUCACCAAAACCAAAAAGACAGAUUAACAGGAUGGUUCCAACCUAAUGACUUUUCAACUAGGAGAGUCCAGAGACAUUCCCCCCUCCGUCCCCAAGGCCGAGAGGACUGUCCUAUGGCUGUUGCCCUUCAGAAACAUGAUGCCCCCAGAGCCUGUGUCUUCUGCUCUGUUUUUAUAAAUGGUAUGAUGUCACAUGACCCCUGCACCUGAAAAUAAAUGUUUUUAAGGACA